UUGUUUUUGCAGAAAACGAAGAUCAUGUUGAAUUCAACACGGGUUUCAUAUUUUAUUCUUAAUGCUUACUUUGAUGUCAGGGUGUUGAAGUAUUUAUUCUUUGUGCUCAUCAUGUGUCUGUAUGUUCUGAUCGUUGGCUGCAACGUUCUGCUGAUCGUGGUCAUCUGUGUGAGCAGGAGUCUGCAUGAACCCAUGUACAUGUUUCUGUGCAGCCUGUUUGUGAAUGAGCUGUACGGAAGCUCAGGCUUGUUUUUGUUUUUGUUGAUUCAGAUUCUGUCGGACGUUCACACUGUUUCCAUUCCACUUUGUUUCCUGCAGAUAUUUUGUGUUAGUACUUACUUUUCUGUAGAACUAUCUAACUUGGCAGUCAUGUCUUAUGACAGAUAUGUCGCCAUCUGUCAUCCUCUACGAUACAAGACUCAGAUGACAAUGAAAACAGUUGCCGUUCUAGUUGCAGCCGUGUGGCUCGGUGCACUUGUUCAAGUUCUAACUGCUUUAUCUAUGAGCUUCUCUCUGCAGCUGUGUGGAAACAUCAUUAACAAAGUCUACUGUGACAACUACUCUGUUGUUAAACUGGCCUGCUCCAACACAACCACAAAUAAUAUAUAUGGAAUUGUUGCCACUGCUUUUGGUGUAUUUAUGAUAGUCGGUUUAAUUUUCUACACGUACGUCAGGAUUCUUAAAGUCUGCUUCUCCGGCUCUAAGCAGACCCGACAGAAAGCGCUCAGCACGUGCACGCCUCACCUUGCCUCUCUGCUCAACUUCACUUUUGGUCUUUGUUUUGACGUCUUGCAGAGCAGGUUUGACAUGAACAGUGUUCCGAAUAUUGUAAGAAUACUUUUAUCGUUGUAUUUUCUGACAUGUCAGCCUCUUUUUAACGCUUUAAUCUAUGGCUUGAAAAUGUCCAAAAUACGCAGCGUGUGGAAAAGAAUAUUUUAUUUCAAGUGGAAAUAA